ACUGAAAUCUUGAUGACGUCCUUAUCUUCGAAUACCCAGCCUAUUUACUCAAUCUGACUCAUGAAAAUGUGCAACUCGACGACAACUCGCAUGCCAGAAAGGGAACGAUGGUUCGACGAGAAACUGAGAAACAAAAAUUACAACUAUUUUGGAGACGCUUACGAUGAUAGCAAAUAUCAUGAGCUUGCGCGUGAGUGGAACAAGGAAACGCAGGACGGCCAGGACUACCUUCGAUUCGUUAAACAGGCAUCGAAGACGCAAUGGAUCCAUCUCAGACUUCUAGCAGACUUCAUGCAGAUUGGCAAAAUGCCCCGGGAAUGGAAGAAGGACAAAGAUCUGUCAGGACCCACCAAGGACAAUAUCAAGAUUCGCGUACUAGAGUACUUCGCGGACGACCAGAACACGGAGGUGAUGCAUUGUAUCGAUACAGCCCAGUGCAAACGCCAUUCCGAGACUGAGAGUUUGGAAGGUCAAAUUGAAGCAAGGACUACCAACGGAGCAUCCUUCCGCCUGUACGUUGUGGAAGAUCUUUCGGCAGAAGUAAUUGAGCUUUUGGGUACAAAGUUUGGAAUCGAGCCAGAUUUCUUCCGAGCUCACAUUGUCGACUACGCGUGGUACAAUAUCCGCGAUCGCUGGAGAGACAACCAGCCAUUAGAGCUGGUCAGAAGGCGGCGGAAUUGGUGGCAGAUGCGUUAUGUCGCGGCAAGGUACUUCGAGAACGAGGGCGACCUGAAUGACGCCGCAACAGAGGCCAAGGAGAGCUUCAACAUUCUUCGACGUCCAGACAACGAUAAAAGCAGAGGUUGGUGGGAUAUAGUAUCUGGGCCUUCAAGCUCCGGUGGUCCAUGCAGGUCAGCUGCUGUCGCCCUGACUCGUUCCAGAGCAACGUUCUGGUUGAAGCCAAAUGCCAGCGACAAAGAAACAGCAAUAGGGGUGCUUCUUCUCGACCCAACCGUCUCCAAUGGUUUCCCCCUGUGGCGUGGCCACGGGAAUUUCCACCCGGUCCCCUGGCCUUCGGCAAUUCAAGAUAAGCCAUCCGAGUGGCCUAGCUGGACAAGUCCCAGUCAUGAAGAUUCUUGCAAGAGGAGCUUUUUUGAAGACUUUGUCUACUGGGCGCGGCGACCAGGGCUUUCUGCUUUGGGGCUAGAAGAGGCGCCCAGAGAACACAUACCGGUCUUGGUGCUGCUCAAUCUGGUCGGCUCUGAAUGGCUUAUCAUGUGCGAAUACAUUAAGACACGGCUGAAUCAGAUCGAUAUGGAGACUAUCGACCCGAACCAUCUUUCCGACAAGAAGCUCAUAGACACGACUUUGGAAAAGUUACACAUAUGGCGACGACUAAUACCGCUCUACCGUGAGAUGGUAGCGGAGACCCUUCAGCAUUUCUUCGGCUUGAGUCGCUCCAAACUCAACAUGACCCAGUCCCAAGAUCCUUCAGGUCAGUCGGCAACUACUGGCUGUCCGAAUUGCUCCCAGACGGCGGCAUCACUGAAGAUGUGUGACAUCAAGGUCUACGAGGAAGACUACAAGCUGGUCCUGGCACACCUUGAAGAGUACCAAUCACGGAUAGAUCGACUCACCUCUGUCGUUACGGCUGUCAUGGCCGUCGAAGACACGCGAAGAGCCAUCACAGACGCUCGAAACAUAGGCUUUCUCACCUGGCUAGCAACAUUCUUUAUUCCCUUUGGCGUCUUUUCCGGCAUUUUCAGCAUGCAGAAGCGCGAGGAUAUGAGCAUCGACACCAUUCAACUGUACUUUGCGGUCACUUUGCCCUUUGUUGUUGUCACUUUAGUGAUUGCGUGGACACUGCACUCUUCUACUGCGGCCAUUUGGUUUAACCAGAGAUAUGCAAGUAUCAUAGCCUUGUUCAAGAGAAACACCAAUCGUCGAGUCCAGGGACAGCAUAAAGAAACAGAAUAG